GCGGGUCUCCGAGCACUGUCGGUCAUUCCCUGUCCCCCAGGCUCUGGGUCCGAUUGAGACGCACUCCCACCCUGGGUGCUGCUGGGUCUCCCGUGGCCUACGCUGCCAGGAGGCCCAGGCUGGGAGAGGGAGCAGGGCGGCGGCCCGGGGUGCUCUUCCGCUCUCCUCGACUCCAGCUUUGGUCUUUGUGGCUCUAUAGCUUGCGCCCAUUGGAAGGGGAAACCCACGUUGCUGUCCCAGCCACGAAGCCCCGAGCAUUUAGCACUUGAUCGGCUGGGGGAAGAUGUGUCGGUGCAGCUAAAGGGUGGAAUAUUUGCGGGCAUGAAGCGGCACGAGGUGAUACCACAAGUCUUUUGACAUGCUGAGGUCUGGCAGGAACAUUAACCUAUGUGCAUCCCGAGUAUGUACCGUGUGCUCCCAGGCUCCUGCCAUAGGGUCAUGAGUUAGGGCCGAGUGGGAGCGCAGAGCCCCUCCCAGUCACCCGGCAGCAGAAGAAGCCCGGCUUUUGGAGGACAUUAUCUCCUGGAUCAGUGUCAGUCCCAAAAGUAGUAAAAAGCAUCCAUGAACACACCACCCAAUUAAGAAAGAGAAGAUUGCCAGUACUGCUGAAUUAUCAAUGUGUUCCUCCUCCUCAACCCAACUCCCAGCCUCCAACCCCUAGAGCUCCAGCCCUUCUCUGAGAGGGGACCAGGGAAUGGCAGCCACACACCUGACAGCCUGGCCCCAGGGACUUCACGGAUCCCCUGAAGCUCAUCCAUGGACUUCCAUGGACUACAGAUUGGGAACAAUCAUAGCCACAGUCACACCAGUUGUAUCUUUGGAGGCUUACUAUGCUCCAGGCGCCAUGCUAAGCCCUUUGUAUGGUCGUUUGGUCCUGACAACCGCCUCUGUGAUAAGUGCUGUGUUGUACUCUUUCCACCUAAAAAGAAAAGGCAAAAGGGGAGCAGAGUAACUUGCCCAGGAUCACAGAGUUAUUGUGUGAUUCAGAACUGCUUAGCCAUAAGACAGCUGUGGAACCAGUGAUGUUAACUUGGUCAGAUUUGUAAUGUGUAUGGAAUAAUUUGUAAGGAAGAUUCAAAAGCACGGUGACCACUUCACAAAGAAGAAUCCCACUGGUCCCGUGACAUGGGCUUCAUCAAGGAAAGCCAUCAUUAAAGAGGGAUCCAAUUCAAGUAAUGCUUAAGGGCCUGAGCCAUGGAAUUGGCCCUAGGGCAGCAGGAACCUGUUGUUUCAGAAGUCGGUGACCUUUGAGGACGUGGCUGUGUACUUCACUCAGGCGGAAUGGGAUGGCCUGUCCCCUGCACAGAGGACCCUGUACAGGGAUGUGAUGCUGGAGAAUUAUGGGAAUGUGGCCUCCCUGGGAUUUCCACUUCUCAAACCUGCUGUGAUCUCACAACUGGAGGGAGGAGGUGAGCUGGGGGAACCAUCUCCACUGGCUGCAGGAACAGGCCUCCAGGGCCUCCGGACUGGUAAGGGAGUAGAUAUUCAGACUGACAAUGAUUUGACAAAGGAAAUGUAUGAAGGAAAAGAGAAUGUAUCAUUUGUACUUCAAAGAGACUUUUCCCAGGAAACAGACUUUUCAGAAGCCUCUCUUCUAGAGAAACAACAGGAAUUCUACUCAGCAAGAAAUAUAAAGAAGGAGAAGAGCAACACCAUUGAUGGAACAGUGAAAGACGAGACAAGCCCUGUGGAGGAGUGUUUUUUUAGUCAAAGUUCAAACUCAUAUCAGUGUCAUACCAUCACUGGAGAGCAGCCCUCUGGGUGUACAGGAUUGGGGAAAUCCAUCAGCUUUGAUACAAAACUCGUUAAGCAUGAAAUAAUUAAUUCUGAGGAAAGACCUUUCAAAUGUGAAGAAUUAGUAGAGCCCUUUAGGUGUGACUCUCAACUUAAUCAACAUCAAGAAAACAACACUGAGGAAAAGCCUUAUCAGUGUUCGGAGUAUGGCAAAGCUUUCAGCAUUAACGAGAAAUUAAUUUGGCAUCAAAGACUUCACAGUGGGGAGAAACCCUUCAAAUGUGUGGAGUGUGGGAAAAGCUUCAGCUACAGUUCCCAUUAUAUCACACAUCAGACAAUCCACAGUGGGGAGAAGCCCUAUCAGUGUAAGGUGUGUGGGAAGGCCUUCAGUGUUAAUGGAAGCCUAAGUAGGCAUCAGAGAAUCCAUACGGGAGAGAAGCCCUAUCAGUGCAAGGAAUGUGGAAAUGGCUUCAGCUGUAGUUCUGCAUAUAUUACACAUCAGAGAGUCCACACUGGAGAGAAACCUUACGAGUGUAAUGACUGUGGGAAAGCAUUCAAUGUUAAUGCGAAAUUAAUUCAACAUCAGAGAAUCCACACUGGAGAGAAACCUUAUGAAUGUAAUGAAUGUGGAAAAGGCUUCAGGUGCAGCUCCCAGCUUAGGCAGCAUCAGAGCAUCCACACAGGAGAAAAGCCCUAUCAAUGUAAAGAGUGUGGAAAAGGCUUCAAUAAUAAUACAAAACUCAUUCAGCAUCAGAGAAUCCACACAGGUGAGAAACCCUAUGAAUGCACUGAAUGUGGAAAAGCCUUCAGUGUCAAAGGGAAGUUAAUUCAACACCAGAGAAUUCACACAGGCGAGAAACCCUAUGAGUGUAAUGAAUGCGGGAAAGCCUUCAGAUGUAACUCCCAAUUUCGGCAGCAUCUGAGAAUUCACACUGGGGAGAAGCCCUAUGAGUGUAAUGAGUGUGGAAAGGCCUUCAGCGUUAAUGGGAAACUAAUGCGGCAUCAGAGAAUUCACACUGGGGAGAAACCUUUUGAAUGUAAUGAGUGUGGGAGAUGCUUUACUUCUAAAAGAAACCUACUUGAUCAUCACCGAAUCCAUACUGGAGAAAAGCCCUAUCAAUGUAAGGAAUGUGGGAAAGCCUUCAGUAUCAAUGCCAAACUAACUAGGCAUCAGAGGAUACAUACUGGGGAGAAACCUUUCAAAUGUAUGGAAUGUGAGAAAGCAUUCAGCUGUAGUUCUAACUAUAUUGUGCACCAGAGAAUCCAUACAGGAGAGAAACCCUUUCAGUGUAAGGAGUGUGGAAAAGCCUUCCACGUUAAUGCCCAUUUAAUUCGGCAUCAGAGAAGCCACACUGGGGAGAAACCCUUCAGAUGUGUGGAAUGUGGCAAAGGCUUCAGCUUUAGUUCUGACUACAUUAUACAUCAGACAGUCCACACUUGGAAGAAACCCUAUAUGUGUAGUGUGUGUGGGAAAGCAUUCAGGUUUAGCUUCCAGCUCAGUCAGCAUCAGAGUGUCCAUAGUGAAGGAAAAUCCUAAUAAUGAGAAAGAUAUAGAAAACUCUUAAGGUUAAUGCCAAAAUGGAUCAAGUAUCAUCAGAUUCAUCCAUUGAAAAACCCCCAAGAGGGCAUUAAUAUGGCAGAGUCUUCAUAUGGGAACAGUUUUUAUUUUAUUCAGUUUUAAUCAGGAAAGGAUGACCAGUUAAAGAGAAACAUCCAAAAAUAAAUAGCUUUGUUUUGUACCAACAGGAAUUAGAAAAUAUAAGAAAAAGAUUUCAUUCCCAGCAGCAUCAAGAAAAGUAGAUUUUCUAGAAAUAAACAGUUAUGGAGGACUUGUAUGGAGAAAUUUAAGUCUUCACUGAGGGCCACUUUACAAAGGAAAUUUGAAUAAAUGGAGAGAGAGAGAAGCCUUGUUGUUGGAUAGGAAAACCCAUACUAAAGAUACUCUACCUACACUAAUUUAUUUGUUUAAUUUUUGACAACAAGCAUGUAUUACUUUUGAAAGGAUGAAAAAUAAAGAUUUAUUUAAGAAAGGAAAAA